AUGGCUUCCAGAUCAGAGAAGGAUCUCUGCUGUCCUGUCUGCCAUGACAUCUUUAAACAUCCUGUCCUCCUGUCAUGUAGCCACAGCCUCUGUAAAGUCUGUCUGCAGAGCUGGUGGAGAGAGAAACCAACACGUGAGUGUCCAGUUUGUGAGAGAAAAACUUCAAAGAUGGAACCACCCUGUAACUUGGCGUUAAAGAACCUGUGUGAGAGCUUCCUGCAGGACAGAGAUCAGAGAGCUUCAGCAGGCUCAGAGGCUCUCUGCAGUCUGCACUCUGAGAAACUCAAACUCUUCUGUCUGGACCAUCAGCAGCCAGUGUGUCUCGUCUGCAGAGAUUCAGAAAAACACACCAACCACAGAUUCAAACCCAUCGAUGAAGCUGCACGACAACACAAGAAGAAACUUGAGGAAACUCUGGAGCUUUUAAAGAAGAAGUUAAAGGUUUGUGAACAAGUUAAAGUGAAGUUCAAUCAAACAGCAGAACACAUGAAGGUCCAGGCCCGACACACAGAGAGGCAGAUUAAGGAGCAGUUUAAGAAGCUUCACCAGUUUCUAGAAGAGGAAGAGGAGGCCAGGAUGGCUGCUCUGAGGGAGGAAGAGGAGCAGAAGAGUCAGAUGAUGAAGGAGAAGAUGGAGGCUCUGAGCAGAGAGAUAGCAGCUCUUUCACACACAGUCAGAGCCACAGAGGAGGAGCUGAGAGCUGAAGACGUCUCAUUCCUGCACAACUACAAGGAUGCAGUGGAAAGAGUCCAGCGCUGCCCCCUGCUGGAUGAUCCACAGCUGCUCUCAGGAGCUCUGAUAGACCAGACCAAACACCUGGGCAACCUGACCUUCAACAUCUGGAACAACAUGAAGGAGAUGGUCUCCUACACUCCUGUCAUUCUGGAUCCAAACACUGUUUGUCUAGAACUCAUCCUGUCUGAAGAUCUGACCAGUCUGAGACGAGUUGAGAAACAGCAGCUUCCUGAUAAUCCAGAGAGGAUUAGAGACUACAUCUCUGUUCUGGGCUCUGAGGGCUUUGACUCAGGGACUCACAGCUGGGAUGUCGAGGUUGGAUACAAUUCCAUGUGGGAACUGGGUGUGUUAUCAGUGUCUGACCAGAGGAAAGGACACUUACGGUCUGGAUUAUGGAGACUGUGGUUCUUUGAUCACGUAUACAGAGCACUUUCCACAUCACAUGACAUAAUUCUCCCAGUGAAGAAGCAGCUCCAGAGGAUCAGAGUGAGUCUGGACUGGAACAGAGGAAAGUUGUCGUUCUCUGAUGCUGAUACUAACACACAUAUACACACCUUCACACACACUUUCACUCACACACUGUUUCCAUAUAUUUGCACUGUGAAGGAAUUCCCACUGAGGAUUUUACCAGUGAAGGUCUCUGUAACUGUACAACAACACAGACGACGAUGA